UGAGGGUCUAAUGGGUUAGGAGACUUACUCAAUGUACCCUGUUAGUAAGGGGACAUAACAGGAACUAGAGCUGGGCUCUGCAGAACUCAUGGCCUGGCUCUUUCCACAGUAUUCACAUUCUCUCCAGGCAGAAGAUACGAUCUGCCCAAAUACUUGCUUUCCAGGCCAUCCACUAGCUCUGCUGUAUCCUGGGAACCUGCAGGACCAGCCAAGCCCAGGACAGGGCCGCUUGGGGCCAGGGCAGGUAGACUUACCUGGAAGAGCACCAGCCUGGCUAUCAGCAUAUCCACUUUCUUCCCAUUUCCUUUUGCAGCCUCCUUCCUUGGUUCACAAUGACAGUCCAACUUCUGCCAGUCCUGACUGUCAUUCAAGCCUUUUUGCUAUUUAAGAAUUUUGAGGAAGAAAACCGUCAUGUACUCAAAAUCCUGGUAAUCAGAAGUGUCUGGAGAUUUCGAGCUGUUAACAUAGAGAGUGGCUUCUCAGGCUUCUCUACAGCAUGGGUGUCCUGCCUUGGCCAGAGCCGAAAUCCCAGAGCGGUGAAAGAGGAGCCAGUGUCAUGGGGCUUCUGGUUUCAGGACACACUGGAAAGCUUUCUGGGAACUGAUUGCCCAUAUUCCCCGUAUUCCCAAAGCCAUCGCCAGCUCCCAGCUUUAUCAUUCAGGAAAAAGAGCAAGCGCCUCCCCUUCAUCCUCCUUAUCUCCCACAAUCACUAAGUACAAGCCCAAGGAGAAGAAUCAAGGGCAGUGAACCUUCAUCAAACAAUAAAAUCCUGCCUGGUGCCAGGCCUACCUGUGCCUUCCAAGCACUGCCUGCCCUGUCCCUCCAUUAAACAUCUUACCAUUGCAGCCGGUGGCUCCCAGGGCACUGUCCUUUCCAUGUCUCCUCCUCCCACCAGCACGGCCCAGCGGCUCUCUCCUGCUGCUCUGGCUCCAUCCCUCUCCAAUAACAUUGCUCCUUCUCUGGCAGCGUCCAGCCACUUUGUCACAAGCUACAUCUGUGGAGAACACCGACCCUGGCUGCAGGGUGAGACAGCUAAGAGGAUAAGAGGGGGCAGGAGCAGACAGAGAAAGAAGGUGGCAAGACAGAGUAGGUGAGAGAA